UCAUAACAUAAUCUGAAACCAAAAAAAAAAUACACAAAAACAAAAACAAAAUCAAAAUCAAAUUUUCAAACUCUCAUUUCUUUAUCAAGCAAUCUUUGUAAUUGUAUUGAAUAAAGCAUAUACCAGAAUUUUCGUGUUCUUGAGAGGUUUUCUUAAGCACCAGUAAUGGACCCUGGAAAAUUAACCCACAAGACUAACGAAGCUAUAGCUUCUGCUAAUGAAUUAGCCCUUAGCGCCGGUCAUGCCCAAAUAACUCCGCUUCACCUUGCCGUUGCUCUGAUCACUGACCCUAACGGAAUCUUGAGCCAAGCAAUCUCCAAUGCCGGCGGUGAAACUGCUUCUCAGUCAGCGCAAAGAGUGUUCAAUAAUGCUUUGAAAAAGCUUCCGUCUCAAUCUCCACCGCCUGAUGAAAUUCCUCUGAGUACUUCUCUUAUUAAAGUGAUCAGGCGAGCUCAAGCAUUGCAGAAAUCGCGGGGCGACUCGCAUUUGGCUGUUGAUCAGCUAAUCUUAGGUGUUCUUGAGGAUUCCCAAAUCGGGGAGUUGUUAAAAGAAGCUGGAAUCGCUACGGCCGCGGUUAAAUCGGAGGUGGAUAAGCUGAGAGGGAAGGAAGGGAAGAAGGUGGAGAGUGCUUCCGGUGACACUAAUUUUCAGGCAUUGAAGACUUACGGGAGAGAUCUUGUGGAACAAGCUGGAAAGCUUGAUCCUGUGAUCGGAAGAGAUGAGGAGAUUCGAAGGGUUGUUAGGAUUCUAUCGAGACGGACUAAGAACAACCCGGUACUUAUCGGAGAGCCGGGAGUUGGUAAAACUGCGGUUGUAGAGGGUUUGGCUCAGAGGAUUGUGAGAGGAGAUGUUCCCAACAAUCUUUCUGAUGUGAGGCUUAUUGCUUUGGAUAUGGGUGCUUUAAUAGCCGGUGCUAAAUACAGAGGAGAAUUUGAAGAGCGGUUGAAAUCUGUUUUAAAAGAAGUGGAAGAGGCUGAAGGGAAGGUGAUUUUGUUUAUUGAUGAAAUCCAUCUUGUUCUCGGAGCUGGUCGAACCGAGGGAUCGAUGGAUGCUGCGAAUCUGUUCAAGCCAAUGCUUGCUAGAGGUCAGCUUAGGUGCAUUGGUGCUACUACAUUGGAAGAAUAUAGGAAGUAUGUGGAGAAAGAUGCUGCUUUUGAGAGAAGGUUUCAGCAAGUUUAUGUUGCUGAACCUAGUGUUACUGAUACUAUUAACAUUCUUCGAGGGUUGAAAGAGAAGUAUGAAGGUCAUCAUGGUGUUCGAAUUCUGGAUCGAGCUCUUGUUAUUGCUGCUCAAUUGUCGAGUCGAUACAUUACAGGGCGCCAUUUACCUGAUAAGGCAAUUGAUUUGGUUGAUGAAGCCUGUGCGAAUGUUCGAGUUCAACUCGAUAGUCAGCCUGAAGAAAUUGACAACUUGGAGAGGAAGAAAAUUCAACUAGAAGUUGAGCUUCAUGCGCUUGAGAAGGAGAAGGACAAAGCCAGUAAAGCUCGAUAUGCUGAGGUUGUUAAAGAACUUGAUGACUUGAGAGAUAAGCUACAGCCUUUGAUGAUGAAAUACAAAAAGGAGAAGCAGAGAAUUGAUGAAAUUCGACGACUCAAGCAGAAGAAAGAGGAGCUACAGUUUGCGAUACAAGAAGCAGAAAGAAGAUAUGAUCUGGCAAGGGUUGCUGAUCUCCGAUAUGGUGCAUUGGAGGACGUGGAUGCUGCAAUAGCCGGGCUUGAAGGAGGCACCACUGACGAGAAUGGGAUGUUGACUGAAACAGUUAGGCCGGAACAUAUUGCUGAAGUUGUGAGCAAAUGGACUGGUAUUCCUGUGACACGGCUUGGUCAGAAUGAGAAAGCGAGGCUAAUUGGGCUCGGCGAAAGAUUACAUCAGAGAGUGGUUGGACAAGACCAAGCGGUUUCUGCUGUGGCUGAGGCUGUGCUGAGAUCAAGAGCCGGCUUAGGAAGGCCACAGCAACCAACUGGUUCGUUCCUUUUCUUGGGGCCAACCGGUGUUGGUAAGACUGAGCUCGCUAAGGCGUUGGCGGAGCAACUUUUCGAUGACGAAAACCAGAUGAUCAGAAUUGAUAUGUCCGAGUAUAUGGAGCAACACUCGGUUGCAAGGCUCAUUGGUGCUCCUCCCGGCUAUGUGGGGCAUGAGGAAGGUGGACAACUUACGGAGGCUGUGAGGCGAAGGCCUUAUAGUGUUGUGUUGUUUGAUGAAGUGGAGAAAGCACAUUUGUCUGUUUUCAACACUCUCCUUCAAGUUCUGGAUGAUGGAAGGCUAACUGAUGGACAAGGCCGCACUGUAGACUUCCGGAAUACUGUCAUCAUAAUGACUUCAAACCUUGGAGCUGAGCACCUUCUUUCAGGACUGACAGGCAAAACUUCAAUGCAAGCUGCUAGAGAAAGGGUCAUGCUAGAGGUAAAAAAGCACUUCAGGCCCGAGUUACUAAAUCGGCUAGAUGAGAUUGUGGUGUUCGACCCUCUUUCACAUGACCAAUUGAGGAAAGUGGCAAGAUUACAAAUGAAGGAUGUAGCUCUCCGGCUUGCUGAGAGAGGUAUCGCAUUGGCGGUAACUGAUGCAGCACUAGAUUACAUACUGUCUGAAAGUUAUGAUCCUGUUUAUGGAGCUCGGCCAAUUAGAAGGUGGCUCGAGAAGAAGGUGGUUACAGAGCUGUCGAGAAUGCUGAUUAGAGAGGAAAUCGAUGAGAACACAACUGUGUACAUAGACGCAGCAGCAGACAGCGUGAGUGGCUUGGUAUACCGUGUGGAAAAGAAUGGUGGACUUGUCAAUGGAGCAACCGGAGAGAAAGCUGAUGUGCUGAUCCGAAUACCAAGUAUCCCAAAGAAUGACGCUGCUCAGGCGGUGAAGAAGAUGAAAAUCGAAGAAAUUAUUGACGAUGACGAUGAGAUGGUAGACUAGUUUCCGUGAACGGAUCAAGAACGGUGCUAUGCAGCUGAAGUCUCAACUGCAGUUUCUUAGUUUUUGGUGUAUUUAGUUGUUUAAAUUGUUGAAGAGUGUAAAAAGAAGAGCACGAUGGAGUGUUUUCUUUGUGUUCAAACCUCUGGCAAUAUCUUUUUUUUGAGCUUAUUUUGAUGGAAAUUUGGAAUGAAAAUGUAAAUGAAAAGGCUUUAUGACA